UAUUUUCAAAUGUGAGAUAAAAAAGUAAACAUGUCUAACGAGGAUUUGGAUAUUAUUGACUUCGAAGACGUAAUUAUCGAGGAAACCGAUUCCUGCGAAACUGAAGGUAAACAUAUCGGCAGAAGCAGAACCGCAAGUGCAAGUGUGGAACAUGAAUCACCUUCCGUUUCAUCUUACCACGUUAGAACUCAGCUACUAGAUAUAGAACAGGAAAAUCUUCCAGCAUCGCGGAAAAGUAUUUCAAUUUCGCAAGUCUCAAGCCAUAUUGACACUAAUCUGGAUUAUUCCUAUUUGUGUAAACCAAGCGAUAAUCUUAAACUUAAUCGAUCUCCGCUAGAAUCACAAAAGGUUGGUGAUGAUAUUGAGUCCUGGAGAACAGUAGCGUGCAAUUCGAGAAAACCGCAAUACCCGCGGGUUUUGGAAAGUUCCAACAAAUUCAAUCAACGUUCAGACAUAUCGAAGUCUGAAUUUUCUCCCGAUUUUCUGACAACAUUGUUAAACCGUACGCUAACAGGGCAAAAAAUUCUUCAAAGAGCAAAACUAGCACCACUAUCAAACACAAGCCAAAAUGAGUUAUGUAAUAUAGUAGCUGAGUACCAUCUGAACUUGGGACGUGUUACGACUGAGCAUUUUCUUAAUGUAUAUGCUGAAGCAAUAAUUUGUCUUUUGGAUUACGAAAUUAAGGAAGAUUAUUUCAUACCACGUAAAGGAGACAAGAAAAAUCCCAGCGGAAAAUUAUAUAAUAAAAUUACUAACCUCAAACAAAAAAGACGAAAUCGAGAGAAAGCAGAAGGAGAACUUCUCAAUAAGCGUUCCAAAGUUAUACAGAUUGAUGCAUUUUGUGAAACUCCAGACCUAGAUGAUGCGAAUAGCUGGCUUUGUUUGAAUAGAAAACCGUGGAAUAUUGUUCUGGAGAAAUGGCGAGGAACACAUGUCACACGGAAAAAAUUGUUAUUGAAGCCUAACCAAGAAGCUCUUUUAUUUGAAAAAUAUCCACAUUAUACUGAAACAUUUGGAUAUCAACUAGUAGAUAUCGAUUUCCAACUGUUGCAUGCAGGGAACAUUGAUGGUCUUAAAAAAUUGCAAUACGAUCUUCCGAAGAUCACAAAAGUUUUGAACAGGACAUACACUGAUGAAUACUCAAAAGAGUUGCUUGAAUACAUACAAACACCGAACAUCAAUAUAGGUAUCAUUCAGUAAAAACCAUUCAAGCGAAGAGGUUGUGUUUCGAUUGUACUGGCUCGUGAGUUAACGGCUGCUACCGAGACAAUUCUAAGCUUCAGGUAGUUAAACUGCCCAUAGCAAACGCAAUAUUCGGGGCGUUUCCCGACUGGAAAGCUAGCAACGAAGGCCAUCCCGUUCAUACGCACAGAGGUGUAGAGACACAGAGGUGCGAGAGCAUAGAAGUGACGAGUCACAGAGGUGCCAUCGCAUAAAGGUGCGAAGACGAAGGGGUGCAAAGGCACAGAGGUGCUAAAGCAACCCAGUGCUGAUCUACCAGGUACCAGAAUUUGUACGCUGCGUAGGAUCAAAAGAGACGGCAUAUAUCGCGAGGUGCUACACUGCAAGCAUCGCAUUUGAUCGCCACCAAGAGCAAAAGCACUGUACCUGGGGUCAGGUACAGCAAGUGCAGUGGUGUUCACAACGACGGCAGAGCAACUGAGAUAGCAGUAAACGACAGAAGACUGCCAAUUGGAAACAGCAAAAGACUGCCAAUUGGAAAUCGUUGGAAGAGCUUCACGUCGUUCUUCACGAUAAAGGAACAGAGACAUCAGCUACAAGGUAGAUUUAAUUUAAUUUAUUUUUUAUUUCUUAUAUCUGAAAUUUUACUAAACAUAAGUUUUUAUUUUGGUAUUAUUAAUUUACAAAAAAAAUUUAAUGUAAUGGAUGAUCUCAUGGAAGAUCAUCCGAAUCCGAUUCCGGAUACUAGUAAAAGUUUAAAUACUCCGAGGGCUAAACAUUAUCCACAGGGUACCACUGGGCCAUGGAUAGUCUA